GAACCCGCAAAAAAACUGGACGGUUGUCGUGGAGUUACGUUAACGUUGACCGUAGCGGCGAGUGAAACACGCAGGGAUAAGAACUGGUUGAGAUAAGAACAAACAUCUCUGCUCAAGUUCAAGGGUGCAGCACAAAAGUGAUGGAGUUUCCAGAAGACUUCAACCAGCUGGAGCUCCUGAAUACACAUGGACACCUGAUCCCCCGAGGGGCCAGCAGCCUGUGGACAGGAAGCAAGGAUGAGGAGGAGGAGGUGGAGGAAGAGGAGGAGGAGGAGGGGGAACACAGUGAGGAGUGGUAUCUAGAAAAAGAAGAAACUCUCAAAGACAAACCAACCGAGCUCAUUUUGUGGGCAGCUGAAAACAAUCGGCUUUCUACAGUCCAAAGUUUGUUGACUGCUGAUCCCGCUCUGGUGCACUGCUGUGACGAGGACGGUUACACGCCUCUGCACCGCGCAGCAUACAGCGGCCAUGUUCACGUGGUCUCUGCCUUGCUCGCUGCUGGCUCCAAUGUUAACCCUCACACCAUUGACGGCUGGACCCCCCUGCACAGCGCCUGCCGCUGGAGCCGUGUCACUGUGGCGAGCCUUCUCCUGCAACAUGGAGCCCAGCUGAACGCCCAGACCAACGGAGGACUGACACCUCUACACCUCGCUGCCUCGCACGCCAGCUCUGUAAAAACAGACUCUGCUCAUACGUUAGAGCUCCUCCUCUCACAGCGACACCUGAAGCCUAAUCUCCGCAGCAGCAGCGGGGAGACGGCCAGCGAGGUGGCCCGUCGGAGUGGACCGCAUCACUUUCUAUUUGAGAUGGUAGAGGACUGUGUGAACGUAUUACCCAGUUCAUGAACACAGGUGCUCACAAUCAUCUUCUACACAUUAAAGAUAGAGUCAGUAGAAAUGUUCACAGCAGCUUGUAAACACAACGUUCAAACUGGACCCCUCCUCCUGGGCUCAUCCCCUUGUGAAGCGUGCGCCCACUGCAGGACUGAGUGUGUAUGUUUACUGCCUGUUGCUGCACUGCAAGCUGCCUGAGAAAAGGUGAUUAACAUUUGCUGUAAUGGAAAAGCCUGUAUGUUUGCAUGCUAUCACAUGCUAACCACCUGUGGUUUGCACCUGCCUGUCAAAAAGAGAGCAGCUUACUCUGCAUCCGCAUGUGAAACCCAAACCGAAGGUUCACGCUCAUUACGGAACAAGCUUUAUACGCUUUCCAUUUUGCCUCACUGUGGUUAUAUUUUCUCUUCUUUGCCGUUAUGUCCGUAUCCGUUAUAUUUACUGGUUUGAAUCUGAGCGAUCACUGAAUUAUAUCAACUCCAAAACCUCAUCUGUGGGCUGUCAUUGGCUGGAGGAUACUCACUAGCUCCCUUACCCAGAAACCAUUAAGUCAACUUAAACAAACCAAAACAUCCGAAUCCAGGCAGAGGACAUGGUCUCUGCAGACAGUCACCACCACACAUUUAUGGGGGCCCUUACGUGAUGAUUGAGCAGCAUUUCUUUUGUACAAGUCUCUAUUUAAUGUUCUAGGAAAAAGCUACUGACUCUAUCUUUAAUGCUUCUACUCUCUUGUCAUGCAACGUUUAAUGGACAGCAGGUUCAUGAGCGUUUAUUUCAAAGAUGAUUACCAUGGAGAUGUUAUCUGAAGCAUCUUAUUGAUUACUUGCUUUCCUCCCUCAUGCUAUAGAGCUCCCCAAUGCCUUUUGUAUUUGUUAUCCUUGUAAAGUAUUCUUCAGCAUAUUCCCAUAAAGGAAUAACCACAAGUUGUUUUGCACCAACCUUUUCACAGAUGACAAUAAACAGCCCUAUGUCCCUGAAGGUUGUCAGCCUCUUCUGUAGUUGUUGUUGUUGUUGUUAUACAAGGGAACUUCAAUAAAAACAUAAAUGCUCA